AUGAGGAGCUGCUGGAAAAUUCCAGUUUUCUUCUUGGUAUGCAGCUUCCUGGGACCUGGGGCCUCGGCAGCUUCCAAGCGCCGCCCAAGAUUCCCAAUCAACUCAAUCUCCAAUGGAGAGAAUGAACUCUGUCCCAAGAUUAGGGUUGGCCAAGAUGACUUGCCAGGAUUUGAUCUGAUUUCUCAGUUCCAGGUGGACAAAGCGGCUUCCAGAAGAGCUGUCCAGAGGGUGAUGGGGUCGACGGCCUUACAAGUGGCCUACAAGCUGGGAAAUAAUGUGGACUUUAGGGUCCCAACCAGGCAUUUAUAUCCCCAUGGACUGCCUGAAGAAUACUCCUUUUUAACAACAUUCCGGAUGAAUGGGAGCACACUUGGAAAGAACUGGAAUAUCUGGCAGAUCCAGGACCCUGAGGGGAGGGAGCAAGUUGGAGUGAAGAUCAAUGGUCAGACAAAAUCUGUUGUGUUCUCAUACAAGGGACUGGACGGAAGCCUUCAGACAGCAGGCUUUUCAGGCUUGCCUUCCUUGUUUGAUGCCCAGUGGCACAAGGUCAUGAUUGGAGUGGAAAGGACCAGUGCCACUCUGUUUGUAGACUGUGUCAGGAUCGAAUCAUUACCCAUAAAACCAAGAGGCCAGGUGGAUGUGGAUGGCUUUGCUGUGCUGGGGAAACUCGCAGACCACCCCCAGGAAUCUGUUCCAACUACGAACAAGAGAGGUCCUCCCGGAGAGCAAGGCCCCCCUGGGCCCCCGGGGCCACCUGGAGUGCCUGGCAUCGAUGGCGUGGAUGGUGACCGAGGCCCAAAGGGCCCACCCGGCCUUCCGGGUCCUGCUGGAGAACCUGGGAAGCCAGGAGCACCGGGCAAGCCUGGCACGCCAGGGGCAGAUGGACUAACAGGACCUGAUGGAUCUCCUGGCUCUGUUGGACCUAGAGGCCAAAAAGGAGAGCCUGGAAUUCCUGGAUCUCGAGGAUUUCCUGGCCGUGGCAUUCCUGGACCCCCUGGCCCUCCUGGGACAUCAGGCCUCCCCGGAGAACUCGGCCGUGCUGGACCCAGUGGUGACCCUGGGAAGAGAGGACCCCCGGGGCCCCCCGGCCCUCCAGGGCCCAGCGGAACAAUUGGAUUUCAUGAUGGAGAUCCACUGUGUCCCAAUUCCUGCCCACCAGCUCGCUCCGGAUAUCCAGGCCUACCAGGCAUGAGGGGUCAUAAAGGGGCCAAAGGAGAAAUUGGAGAACCAGGAAGACAAGGACACAAGGGUGAAGAAGGCGACCAGGGAGAACUGGGAGAAGUUGGCGCUCAAGGCCCUCCAGGAAUGCAAGGCUUGAGAGGCAUCACUGGCAUUGUUGGAGACAAAGGAGAAAAGGGUGCUCGGGGCUUGGAUGGGGAGCCUGGGCCGCAGGGUAUCCCUGGGGCACCGGGAGACCAAGGGCAGCGAGGACCUCUGGGUGAAGCCGGGCCCAAGGGAGACAGGGGAGGACAAGGCCCUCGGGGACUGCAUGGACUCCCGGGACCCAAAGGGGACGCGGGCUUGCCGGGUGUGGAUGGCCGAGAUGGGAUCCCUGGAAUGCCAGGAACAAAGGGUGAGCCCGGGAAGCCUGGGCCUCCGGGGGACGCGGGUCUCCAGGGACUACCGGGUGUACCUGGAAUUCCUGGUGCAAAGGGUGUUGCUGGUGAAAAGGGAAGCCCGGGAGCUCCAGGGAAGGCUGGCCUGUUAGGGAAUUCUGGAAAACCGGGCCAGCAGGGGCCUGCAGGAGAGGAGGGGCCCAGAGGACCCCGGGGGCUUCCUGGCAGCAGAGGAGAGACAGGACCGGCGGGGUCCCCAGGCCUGCCUGGCAAACUGGGCCCCCUGGGCCGCCCGGGCCUCCCCGGCUUGCCUGGGCCCCCAGGCCUCCCGGGAAUGAAAGGUGACCGGGGUGUGACCGGAGAGCCCGGCCCAAAGGGAGAACAGGGAGCCUCUGGUGAGGAGGGGGAAGCGGGACAAAGAGGCGACCUGGGAGAUAUGGGAUUGCCUGGCUCAAAGGGAUCUGCUGGGAGCCCUGGAGAGCCCGGCCUGCGGGGGCCAGAAGGAAGUCGGGGGCUUCCAGGAGUCGAAGGACCACGAGGACCACCGGGGCCCCGGGGUGUGCAGGGGGAGCAGGGCGUCACUGGCCUGCCUGGCAUCCAGGGCCCUCCGGGGAGAGGUCCGACAGACCAGCACAUCAAGCAGGUCUGCAUGAGAGUCAUGCAGGAACACUUUGCAGAGAUGGCUGCCAGUCUGAAGCGCCCUGAUGUGGGCAUCUCAGGACUCCCUGGGCGCCCGGGUCCCCCUGGCCCUCCUGGCCCUCCUGGAGAGAAUGGCUUCCCCGGUCAGAUGGGGAUCAGGGGCCUCCCAGGGAUCAAAGGUCCCCCUGGGGCUCUUGGUCUGAGAGGACCUAAAGGUGACUUGGGAGAAAAAGGGGAACGUGGUCCUCCCGGGCGAGGUCCCAAAGGACUGCCAGGAGCUACUGGCCUCCCAGGUGACCCAGGCCCUGCCAGCUAUGGGAGAAAUGGCCGGGAUGGGGAGCCAGGGCCCCCUGGUGUGGCAGGGAUUCCAGGGGUGCCUGGGCCCCCAGGACCUCCUGGACCUGCAGGUUUUUGUGAGCCAGCCUCCUGCACCCUGCAGGCUGGCCAGCGAGCAUUUAGCAAAGGGCCUGAGUAG